GCCGUGUCACUGGAGGGAGCACCGAUGCUGAUCGAGACCUCGGCUUGUCUUCCCGGAGCGAGACCCGAGCUGUGCUGCUGACUGCAGAGCGGUGCCUUUGGAUCUCUUACCGAUCCGAGGAUGGAGACCCUCCCAGAGCCUCUGCUGGUCCGCAUCCUGGCCUCCCUCCCCGCAGUCGAGCUGGUGUUGGUGUGUCGCCUGGUGUGCUCCCACUGGAAGAGUCUGGUCGACGGGACAUCCCUGUGGCUGCUCAAGAGCCAGCAGGAGGGCUUUGUCGGGGAUGAUGCAGAGGAGGGAGCGGUGGACAACUGGCAAACACUCUACUUCCUGAACAAGAGGAAGCGGAACUUGAUCAAGAACCCAAAUGGCGAAGAGGGCCUGGAGCACUGGGUGGACGUGCAGAACGGAGGAGAUGGCUGGAAAAUUGAGGACCUGCCUGGAGAUUUCGGGAAAGAAUUCCCCAGCGACGACGUCCACAAAUACUUUGUCUCUUCUUUCGACUGGUGCAGCAAGUCUCAGGUGGUCGAUCUCAGGGCCGAGGGAUACUGGGAGGAGCUGAUGGACACAGUCCAGCCCAAAAUUGUGGUCAAGGACUGGUACGCGGCCCGCUGUGAUGCCGGCUGCCUCUACAACGUCAAAGUGAGCCUGCUCUCGGAGCACGAGGAGGUUUUGGCGGAGUUCGCCAGCGACACCAUCGCUGUCCCGCAAGACAACGAAGGCGAAUGGGCCGAGAUCACACACACCUUCGCCGACUACGGCCCCGGCGUCCGCUUCAUCCGCUUCGAACACGGCGGGCAGGACACGGUGUUCUGGAAGGGCUGGUAUGGCGCUCGGGUGACGCAGAGCAGCGUGACCGUGGAGCCGUGAUGGGGGCUCGGCACAGCCGUGGGCCUGGCCCCGGACGCGCCCGUCACCGGGACGGAAGGAAUCCUCGCAGAGCUGGAUUCGACGCCACGCUAACCACGCCACAGAAUCCGCCGGACACAGAGCUUCUGCUAGUCAUCGAACCCUCUGGACUAAUUUUCUUUGGACCUUUCAUGCGUUCUUGUAAAGUCUCCCCCAGGAUCCUGUCCCCCAGGCGGAAAGCUGCCAUUUUCAAAAUCCUGUGAUUUCUGGUUGGGAGAGUGUGCCAAUUCCAGACCUUCUUUGUGAGGCUUGAGGGUUGAGAAUGAGAUGGAGUUGUUGACUUCAAGGGAGGGGUUUCUGAGAUCAUCUAGUCGGACCCCCACUACUCCCGGGAGCGUGUGCGGCAUCCCCGUGUGGGUGGGUGUCAAGGCUCAGUGCUCACCAUUGCGACAGUCUUCCUCGUGAGUAGACUAAGUCUGCUGCUUGGCCUUUUGGCCUCUCUGUUCUAGCUGGGCCCUCUGGAGUGGCCAAAAGCCGUUCUUGGCGACAGCCACAGAAUGGCCUUUGUCGUUGGCUCCGAUUUUGACCGCCCACCAGUUACCUGCCCCAGAACACACGACUCUUGGUCCUGAGCUCAGAUCCGGCCCGGAAAAACCAAAGAGGAUCCAAAGCAACGGAGGAACGCCACCCCAUGAAAAGGGAUCCCCAGCAGCCAUGGGCCGAACCACUUAAAUUGAAAGCUAGGGUGGAGUCUUAGCUCCCCAGCGCGGUGUCUUCCAGCAUCGCCAGCAGACACGGCUUCUUCUUUGGCCACCAGCUGCCCUGCAGCGGCUUCCACACCUCCCUGGAAGCACACGCUCCUCUGUACACUGCCCGGCCGGGCACGAGCUCAGCAGCCACAGAACGGCCUUCCCGGCGGCCCAUCCUCCCUCGCCAAACCUGCCCUGCCUUUGAUUCCGGCUGCAGGGGACGGUUCACAUGCAUGUCCCGUCACGAACCGAUGUAUGUCAAUAAAGGCCGACUCACAGCCAUAGCA